GCGCACAGCCAUGAUCUCUUAUUCUGCCAAAGAGAACUACAAUGAUUUGGAGCGCUACAUGGCUGGAACAACUGAUCCGACUCUGUUGAAGUCCCGGUGGCUUCAGUGGGCAAAGUGGCAGAAUGCUUCUCAGGUUUACUUCGCUGCUUUGGUGUCCAUGUUGAAUGAUGCAGCUGUUAGUAAUGGCUACCGCCACUACGCCGAGAGUUGGAACGAAGGCCUGGACGUGGAGCAAGAGAGUGUCCGCCUCUGGGAGCAAGUGCAGCCGCUCUACUUGGAGCUGCAUGCUUACGUGCGCGGUGCACUACUACGACGCUACGGGAAGGAGCUUCAACCAAACGGGCCAAUCCCAGUACACCUCCUGGGCAAUCCUUUCGGCGAGAACUGGAGAAACUUGGCUGACUUCGUAGUGCCGGCCGACCUUCGGAGGAGCCCCAGCGAGCAUGCGCAGCCAGAGAGGCGUGUCUUGCCCUCCGAUUGCAUGAGAAGGGCCGAGGCCCACUACGAGGAGCUUGGUUUCCCACCGAUGCCGCCUCUGUUCUGGAAGAACUCCGUGUUCGAACGGCCUGGCAACAGCACCGCCAUGGACUGUCACGCGACGGCGUAUGACUUUGGCGAUGGCAGUGACUUCCGGAUCAAGGCCUGCCUGGUUGGCUCGAAGGCAGACGAAGAGACCGCUUUCCACGAAAUGGGUCACGUACAGUAUUUCCUGGCGUACCGACACCAGCGGUCAUUGUUCAGAACGGCGCCUUUAGCGGCCCUCCACGAAGCCAUUGGGGAAGCCUUUGGCCAUGCUGCUGCGGCCUGCGGAGGUGCCGGCUCGGCGGGCGGCGCGAACUUUGCAGAACCGCACACCGACGGGUCCGAGAAACGCAUGCACUCCCGUCGUGACACUGUGGGAAGGUUACUGCGGGAGGCGCUAUUCAAGCUCGUACCUUUGCCCUGGAUUCUCUCCGUGGAGAGAUGGCGCUACGCAGUCUUUCAAGGCCACAUCCCUGCCGAGAGCCUCGCCUCUUCGCUCUGGGGUUACCGAGAAAAGUUCCAAGGUGUGAAGCCUCCCACACCGGAGGCGAGGGGCUACUUCGACGUUGGAGGAAAACACCACGUGUCCCACUUCAUACCUUACUUCAGGUAUUUCUUUGCGCGCUUCCUUGACUACCAACUGCUGACGGCUAUGUGCGCGGAAAGACGUCAAAAAGGGCCCAUGGUCUUUUGUUGUGUUGAAAGUGAUACUCCAGCCGUUCGUAACAUAAGGCACAUGAUGUCAUUCGGUGCGUCGAUUGAAUGGCGUGAGGCGUUACAGAUUGCAACGGGCGCUCCGGAGAUAUCAGCAGAACCUUUGCUGAACUACUACGAGCCGCUCUUUACUUGGCUUCGGCGAGAGAACAUUAAGUUGAACAACCCGGUGGGGUGGUGAAAAAGUUUCCCAGCACGCACGCCAUCAUGGGAAGGGGCCCACGUUUCCAUGCAGCUUAACUGACGUUGACAAUGGCGACGCCUCAUCGUGUCCGAAAAUCCGAAAACGGAUAGUGGAAGCAUUGUGCCAGUGCGUCAUGGAAAUUAAAGAAAAAUCUGUUGACGCGUUAUAGAGCUGAAAGAGAAAAUAAAUUAUUUUAGAUCCUGC